AUGCCCGCUGUUGAGCCAGACGAUCCAAUGCCUGAUGACCCAGUGCCCGCUGUCAUGCCUGAUGACUCGGCGCCCGCAGUCUUGCCAGAUGACUCGGCGCCCGCAGUCUUGCCAGAUGACCCGGCGCCCGCAGUCUUGCCAGAUGACUCGGCGCCGCUGUCGAGAUUGAUGACCCGAUGGCCGCAGUCUUGCCAGAUGACUCGGUGCCCGCUGUCGAGAUUGAUGACCCGAUGGCCGCAGUCUUGCUAGAUGACUCGGUGCCUGCCGCUCCGCCUGAGGGCCCGGUGCCUGCCGCCCUGCCCUGGGGGCCUGGUGCCUGCCACCCUGCCUGGGGGCCCGGUGCCUGCUG